CGAUCACGUGACACAUACUCUUCUGACGUCACUGUAAAUAAACCCCAAACAUCAACAAAGUGUCGUGACUGGUGAAACGUAGAAGAUAUAGAAACACUUCUGAGAGCUAUUUCCCACAUUUGAGCUGUGUUUCCCAACAUGGCGUCCACACAGAGGCCAGACCAAAGCGAGGACCUCAAUGACUCGUGGGUGGAGCUGCAGAACCAGGCUAUGGCUGCUGGUGAGCCCGUGCCCUCAGUGUAUAAUGGCAACCUGGAGAAGCUCCUGAUUGAAGCCCAGAGAGAAUCUCGCACACCCUCACGCCCAAACAGCAAGGAGUCCUCGGCCAGGGGCAGCCCUAAAAGUCCUCAUAGUCCCAAUUCCGAGUGGGCAGCGUCAGACUGGAGAUCCAGGACUGAGGACCCUGGUACCGACUGGAUCUGGGACUGGUCAAGUCGCCCGGAAGUGCUGCAACCCGGGGACUGGAACGGAAAGUUCCGCCACCCGACAGCGAAGCCCCGCCGCCACAUAAUGAGCAUGAGGAACACUAAAGUGAUGAAGAAAGGCGUGUUUAACUUGGAGAACCUUCCCACGCUGCUGCUCACCCAUGCAGCCACCUUCUUUCUGGGCGCUGCUGUAAUGUUCAUGUAUAUCAAAAAGUACUGUAAUCUGGCUGUGAUCGCCCCUCCUACCAUGGACUGAUUGACGAUGAUUGACAGGUGUCAAAACACACAACUGGUCUGAGCUGGGUCCCAGCAGGUGAUGUCAGUGCAGUCGACUCAGAUACAUCUCUGCUCCAUGCUGAAGUGGGACUGUCUUGCCCUUGUAAUGUGAAUAUAAAGAUAAUAAGAAAACGACACAAUUUAAGACUUAUAAUGUGUGUAGCAAAUGUAAAAUAUUGGUAUUAGCUGUAAUUGUUUAAUUCUGGUAUUUGUCAUUGUAGCUGUGGUAAUUUCAUUUCUAGGGGGAUUGUUGAUCAGGAUUUCAAUUUGUUUUUGAAAUAUUUUGAAAGUGUUAAAAAUGACCAGAAACCAGUUUCUUCAAUCAACAUUCUUAAUUUUCCACUUCUUUUAUUGUGUUUAUGAUAUAAAUAUUGACAUUAGAUGUGGCAGAAAACAUGCAAUAUAUUUGUCAUGAGCUUUGGUGCAAGUAAGCCUAAUUUUAACUUAAAUUUGGGGUCCUAUAUAUUUAUAAGUACAUUAUAAUGAAACAGGGGACAUUGAUUUGUUUGGUGCCGAUGCCAGAAGUUCAUUGUACUUAUAUAUUAAAAUAAAUAAUUUGAAAAGCUCUCAUUAUCUGUAUAAAUUGCAAUAUUCAGCGUCUAUGAUUUGAAGUUAAAUUGUAUGGUCACCAGGGCCAGAAGGUUCAAAUGGCCACUGUCCUAGCGCAUUGUCUGUGAAAGUCAGUGUUGUCAUUUGAAACCUACAAUUGAUGUUAAACCUGAUCACCAUGACAUAAACAGAUCAGACCGGAGUGCAGCGUGCACGCACUUGCUUGAGGAACACUAAACAUUUAUGCAUCAAGUGUACAACUCGGUGUGAUGGUAUUACAACACUGUUACAACUCAUUUGGGAAUAUCUGUUCACCAAAGGUACAUCACUAACAAAUGAAAUAAUUUCCAGGAUUAUUGUUCAACGUGUUAGCUUUAAAUGCAUGCUCUUUUCCAAUUGCUGUAUCUAUGCUCGCUAACACAUAUACUCAACAUUCUAUUAUAUGGUUUGAUGUGUAAUUUUGCUCACUGUCACGUGUGUGUGUUUUGACAUAUUACACUUUGUUUCACCCAUGAUUGCCACAAAGUUUACAUCUCUAAACCCCUUAUGCCCAUAGAGUCGUCAUGAUAUGGCUGAAACAUAGCUGAUGUGACGUUAAAUUUUACCUCACUCACUCACUACACCUGUAGAGCUGUAAUGAGCUUUUAAGAUAGUCUUAUCAGUGAUGCCAAUAGGACAUGCUUCUAGAUCCCAGUCUAACCCUGAAACUAUUUAUCUUUGCACAAUCAUUAAUUUGAAGCAGUGAUUUGUUCAUUACCGGUACCUAAAUUUGUUCAAAACUUGACUCAGAUUAAAGAUUUAAUCUAUGAUGUUUCAAAUACCAAACACACUGGGUAAGCUGUAACACAUCUUGGCUGUAUUUUCUCACGAAUGUUUACUUGAGUUUGUGUUCUAAGCAUUAUGAAGCAGGUCUGCUAACAUGGUGAAAAGCUUGUCAGGGAUCAUGUUCAUUGCAGUCUAGUUUGUAAGUUCAGUGUUCAUGUGUUGUAUUAUAACACACAGCUAGCAUGUGGUUAGAAUCAUUGCCUACUAAAACUAUUUGCUGCAACUACUUGUCUUUCAAUAUAAGCCGCAAAUUUUCAUAUUCGCUUAUAGACCAUGCUUUAACAAGACAAGGAUAUUAUGAUACAGUUGUGUUGUUAAAUCCCCAUGUUAUAAAUAUUCAUACUAAUUUUCAUCAUGAUCGAUUGUUUCAAGAAAAUCGUUUACCAUUGUAUCUGUUUCAUGAAAGCUUGUUCACAAGAGAAGCAUAGCACAAUUUUCUUUAAAUAUAUCAUGAAUUCACAGUUUCAUUACUGGAAUAUGUGAUGCAUAUUUCACCUGAUUACAGUAUAGUUACUGGAAUUCAGUGUGAUAUUUGGUUGACUUAGGUUUUCCUUGUGAGUUUGAAAAUUGCGCUCUUUUCAAAUACCUUGAUAAACCAGGAGCCUGUGAUGAAUGGAAGGGAGGUAACUCUAGACUAAACUAGCACUGAAAUUCUGAAUCCAUAACAGCAUUAUAUAGUUGUCGUCAACUCACCAGGAUCACAAUGCAUUUGACUAGAAUAGCAGUGUAUACUAGACUCCUUGUGUUCCCUCUUCUGCCGCCAACUAGCCCAGGGAUUUGUCACAGCUGCAAGUUGUCAGUGUUUUGGCGAAGUAAUUGUUUAGAUUUGUUUCCAAGUGUUGAUUGUUAUGUAUAAUGUUAAAAUAUGACUUAGCUUAGGAUUAUAUUUAGUCAUACUGGAAUUAUGUACAUGUACUUUAUAUGAUUAGAUGUAGAUUUAGUAACAACACUGGGUUUUCUUAAAAGUUGGCAUGUUGUUGGGGCGAGGUUUGUUUGUUCCUGUUACCAUGGUUACACUAUCUUGGCACUCCGAUUGACAAUUCUUCCUAAUUACUUUCAUGUCACUAUUGUCAUGACUAGAUAUUGAACCUUCUGCUGGAUGGAACUAAACAAUUAUGGAAUGUAAACGAAUUAAACGAAAAUGUAAUAUAUAUAUGAAAAUAUAUAAUUAAAAUGCCUUUUUUAACAAUGUGAAUGUCCAUAUUUAUGAGGUAUUUCUUGGAUGGUGAUAAUGGUUUCAGAUAUUCUUUUUAAAACAAACAAAAACAUUUCUGUAUUAUCUUUAUAAUCUGUUUUGUGUUUAAUGUACUUCAUUGCUUUGUGGGGGCACGGGUGGCCCAGUCGUCUAAGGCGCCGCGAUUCGCUGUGCAGAGUUGCGUCCCUUGAACAUGCCAGAAACCUAUGAUUGUGGGUUCGAAUCUUGGUUCGCCCCGAUUAUGUUUCUAGGUUUGUCAGCACCAUACCCAUGCUCGUGGGUUUCACCGAAGUGGUAAACGUCUGAGACCUGCAUCACUUCGGGCUUUCCUCCCACAUUAAGCUGACACGCCGUGAUAUGACUGGAAUAUUGUUAAAAGCGGCGUUAAACCCAACUCACUCACUCACUCAUUGCUUUGUUUACAGUGCUAUGUUUGCAUCUAAAGGAUUACUCUUGCAGACAAACAACCUCAAGUCUAAACAGUGCUAGAUCUACCUUUUAUGAGUCGUCAGCUUUUAUUUCACAAACAUUGUGUAUUUUACUUUUAUGUGUUUUGGAUUAUUGAAGCAUUUUUUUAGUCUUUUAGUACAAGUAUCCCAGACUUCCUUUCUGUGUAUUUAUUUUGUGCAAGUAUUAUGUUAUCUGUAUAUAGGUUUGUCUUCAGUGACAAAAUUGUUUUAACAACGACUUGUUUAAUCUUUUAGAAUUUAUUGAAAGAUUUUUUUCAUUUGAAUUAUCCUCUCAAACUAGUAGUUGUGGUGUUACAAAUGUAAAAUAAUUUCAUCAAAAUAUGUGCAAAAUGGAGAAUGUGAAAAGAAAGCAAGUAUUUGCAUUCCAAUAAAAAUGAAACAGAAAGUAAAACAACUAAUACCUCUUAAAAGAGGUAUUAAUAAAAUUAUGAAAAACUGCUUUGAUAUAGAUCUGAAAUGCAUAUAUCUUUUGGAUCCAUCGAGCCAUACUCAGCAGAUACCUAUCGUGACAAUCAGCUGUCCAACAAUUUGUCCUAGGUGUCCUGGUGAAUGUUGCAGUCGGCUUGUUUGGUUGUGAUUUGCGUUGAUGGGAACGGGUUAAAAGGACUUACAUAUUUCGAAAAAAUGUGGCUUCAUAAAUUGAAUUUAAUGUUAAGUAUAUAAACUGGUACACAAAAAUAUGAAAUUAUGAUUGACUGAAUACUCUAAAUAAAAAGCUUCAUUCACUUGACAUCUUUUUGUCAUUAGCUUUGAAGAUGGGUUUUGUAUGAUGUUGUUGAUGAGGAUUUCGAGUUUGCCACAUUUACAUCAGGUUCUUUUAACCGGUGAUCCAGUCCGGUGACUUGACACGGACAAUGUGCAGUGAGACAAUGUAUGCUGUGUGCAAAGAAACACUUGGUACCAUCGGCAUUUACAGACUCUUUUCUCCGAUAUUGUUCUGCAUGACAGCUAAGUUAUGCAAAAGACAUCCACUUUUUGGUCAUUUUAUCAUCUAAAAUAUAAAUACAUAUAUGUGAGUUAUAUUCACAUAAAUCAUGAAUUAAACUUCACAAAAUAUCUGUUUAUGCUCUUGUAUUUCUUAAAAAACCUGUACUGAAAGCUUUAUAAGAGUUUCUGAACGUCAAGUUCGUACAAUGAUUGAUCUGAUCUGGUUCUUGUCUGUGAUUGGUUAUUUCUAUGGUGCUGAGCGACUCUGUCACAAAGAAAGUGUUGGUGCGGUUUAUCGCAUGGACGCACAAUUUAUAUUCCUGUUUCUUGAUUGUGCUAAAUUCAUUCCCAACUAUUUUCAUGUAAAGGCAUUUUGCUAUCCGUAAUCCAUCCUUGAUUACCCAGGGAGUUAUAUCUCUGUUCUGUAUGGCUAAAUACCCUGGACCAUUCGAUACCUUAGCUUUGUUUUCAACCAUAUUGAAAGGCAUGCUAGCUGUCCAAUCAGAUUACACUUACAAUUGGGUUGCAAAUAGGUCAGGUUAUUUACCCCAAUAGAAGGGAGAUAUACUGUUCAAAAGAAGUUAAGAACACCCAUAUUUUUCAUUUGACUGCAGUUAAUGUCAUGGCAUAGAUUAACUAAAGUCUUAUGAAACAAUCCAGUGGACUGCUACUUCUUUUAAGCAGUAUAUAAUGCCCUGGAUCACUGAGGAUGUCUUUAAUCCUGUCUUACAGGGACAAGGUUCCUAUAAGACAUUAAUAAACCACAGUAAACAACAGCAUAGCCAGUGGUCGUGGAUGGUGUACAUUUCCUAGCUGAUCGUAGGUUGUCAGUUUCUGAUCAGCGGUUUCCAGGGAGACGGUCUCUGGAGUAAGUAGAUGUCACGAUUGUGCAUGCAUCUCGAACUGCAGGUUUUCCUUGCAAUGUGUGUUCUUUGAAUAAUGUAUAUGUUUCUUGUAUUUGUAUUUGGACAAAUAAAGAUUGGUUUACUUGGACAUUUGAAACAGUUUGACAACAGGCCAACUGGUGUACACGUGUAAAAUCAAAAUCAAGUAAUAAAAUGUCCUAGUCAGUGA